CAUGAUGCAUGACUACUAUCUUAGUGAUCCGGCCGCUCGUGCUCUCGUAUAACAUAUACGGGGUAGGUCUCUCAUCUGUUUGCUCACCAUACAGCCCCGUUCUUCAUCUGUUCAUUCUCUUCUAUUGACCAUGUUGACACUAACCAACGUCACUUGGCUGGACCUAUGCCUUGCUGGUGUCGCAGUAUAUCUCGUCAAGCAGGUGUUGAACAAGAACCCUGCACCAUACCCACCCGGCCCCCGCGGAUUGCCUCUCAUUGGGAACAUCCAAGACAUGCCUCACAUCAGGCCUUGGCUCACAUUUGCGGAGUGGGGCAAGAAGUAUGGUCCUAUCUCGCAUGUCGAGAUCCUCGGUCAGCACAUUGUUGUGCUGAAUUCUGUCAAGAGCGCAAUGGACAUGAUGGACAAGAAAGGCACGGUAUACUCUGACCGUCCUGUUCUGCCUAUGGGUGGUGAGCUUUGUGGCUGGAAGCACUCGUUGGGUCUUCUCCCGUAUGGUGACCGUCUUCGCCAGUACCGCAAGAAUUUCCACCAUAUCAUGGGCAACCGCGCCGCCCUAGAUGUCUACCACCCAAUCGAGGAGAUCGAGACUCGCCGAUUCCUGAAGCAUGUAUUUGCGAAACCCGAGAAAUUGCAAGAUCAUGUUCGACACACCACUGGCGCUAUCAUUCUUCGAAUCUCUCACGGUUAUGAGGUGAAGGAGAACAACGAUCCCUUGAUCGACCUUGCGGAACGUGCUAUGGACCAAUUCUCGCGGUCCACUGCUCCUGGUGCUUUCAUGGUUGACAUCAUGCCAUUCUUGGCCAAGGUCCCCGAGUGGUUCCCUGGUGCUGGCUUCAAACGCUUGGCUCAUGAAUGGAACAAGACUCGUGAAGAAAUGGCUGCUACACCAUUCAAGUUCGUUAAGGAUCAGAUGGCUGCUGGCAUUGCCCCAAAGUCUUUUACCUCGAAUCUGUUGGAAGGCCGUACUUUGUCUAUGGGAGAGGAUUAUGAUGUGAAAUGGUCUGCUGCAUCCCUUUAUGCUGCUGGUUCCGAUACGACAGUUUCUGCAAUCUACUCGCUUUUCCUGGCUAUGACACUCUUCCCUCAUGUUCAGAAGAAGGCUCAGGCUGAAAUAGACAAGGUUGUUGGCACUGAUCGCCUUCCCUCCUUCGCAGACCGCGACUCCCUACCCUAUACUGCGGCGGUUGUGAAGGAAGUCCUACGCUGGAACGUUGUUGCCCCUACUGCUGUUCCCCAUUGUGUCACUGAGGACGAUAUCCAUGACGGGUACUACAUUCCGAAAGGUUCUGUGGUGAUACCCAACAUUUGGUUCAUGCUCAAUGACCCCCAGACAUUUGCUGAUCCCUCGCAAUUCAAUCCUGAACGCUUCUUGGACAACGACGGAAAGGGUCCUGAGCCUGAGCCUCGUACGAUCUGCUUCGGCAUUGGUAGACGUAUUUGCCCUGGUCUCCACCUCGCUGAUGCUUCCGUUUGGAUAUCCACCGUGAUGUCACUCGCAGUGUUUGAUAUCUCCAAGGUCGUCGAGAACGGCGUUGAGAUCACUCCUGAGAUUGACCCCACAUCAGGCACGGUCAGUCACCCCAAGCCCUUCAAGUGCUCUAUUAAGCCUCGUUCUGCAAAAGCCGUUGCGCUCAUUCACCAGGAUGCUAACUAG